AUGAGUGGUACACCGAUGGAGCAAAAACCUGCGUCUACAUUUGAUUGGGAUAAUAUCAAUGUUGGUGAUUUUAAUUUGAAUCAUUCGGAGAACUUUUUCUCUGCUGCACAAAAGGAAAACCAAAGCGACGAAGCUGCUGAUGCUGCACAAAAUACUGAAGCAGAAGAAAUAAAUGGACAAUAUCGACCGGCCAAUUUAAGAGUGGCCCCAUGGUCACCGCUACCCAUGGGUGAAACGAAUGCCCAAGUGCAGAGUUCAGUAGCUAUCCCAAAAGCAUAUACUUUCAAGGAUGUUUACAAAGGCAAACACCAGGAAGCGCUGCGGAAACGAGCUGAGGAGGAGCGCAAAGCGCGCGAGUUCCACAGUAGACCGGUGCCAAACUUCAAGGCACACCAUAAGCGACUGGACGAGGCUCAUCUCGUACAUAGGGUGACAAUACCGCGAACGCCUGACGUACUUAAGCGUUGGCGCGGGACUGCUGAGCAGCGUCGGCGUGAAAAAGAAAGUGAAGAUCCACUGAGCCUGGAGCAACCUAGGAAGAAAUCGUCUGAAGUUAAACCUUUUCGUUUAAUGAGCGAUCAACGCGUGCGCGAGCGCCGCGAGUUUAAUGCAGCAGUGUUUAGUAGCAUGGAGGAAAAACAAAAAAAGGUAAUAUUUUAUUAA